AUGUCAUCCACACAAAAGAAUUUCCGUGUCGAGCCCGCUCGGGAGGAAGACAUGCCACGAUGCAUGCAACUCGUCCUCAAUGCCUUUGGACCGUUCCCAAAUUUCGAUGUCAUUGGAGGAGGGCCAGAUUCAGAAGAGAAUCGGAGGCUGAACGCGGAGCGACACUUGCGCGGCUACAAGGAGCAUCUUGAAAAAUACCCUUCGGUGUCGCCGGGAGUCAAGUGUGUGUUUACGGAUCCUGAGACUGGAGAGGAGAAGAUUAUUGGGUUUGCGGAGUGGUUUAUUUGGGAUCGUGAGAGGACUGAAGAGGAGUACAUGGUGGAGAACUACAUUUUGCGAUUGGAGUGGGUUGACGAUCUGGUGAAGAGGAAGGUUGUCUUGGAUGCUAUGGAGCCGGAAUUUGCAACGAGGAGAAAACUCAUGAAGGGGCGGCCGUUUGGGCUGCUGUGCUUUAUGUGUGUUGAUCCUGAAUACAGGCGACGAGGAGCAGCGACGGCGUGUGUGAAAUACGGGAUGGAUCGGUGUGAGGAGUUGGGCAUACCGGCGUAUUUGGAGGCGAGUGAGGAGGGUAUGAAGACGUACAAGACUCUGGGGUGGGAGGUGUACGAGGGACAUGGUGAGGAGUUGACGUUUCCGCCGAUGAUUUGGUGGCCUCCUAAUGUUACGAAGGAGUGAAUGGGCUGGGCUUUGUUUCUACUUUGGAGAGGAGCUUGGAAGAAUUUGAUCGCACUUUGAUAUAGCGGGUUAUAAAAUCAUUUCGGUUG